GCCGCGGGGGGCGGGCCCUAUUUGUUCAGGGGAAGGGAGGGCCGGAGGAGGCGUCUCCCCGGGGUGCAGCGGAUCCAGGUGGGCCCCGCACCCAGGUGUCCCUGGCCUUACCCUCGCCAUGGCCGAGCGGCGCGGGGGCCUCGGGGCCCGUCUGGCUCGCCUCCUGGCUGGACUAGGGGCCCGGAGGGGGCGCAGGGGGAAGGUGACCUCGGAGGAGGCCAGAUCCCAGAAUCGGCCCUGGGGUGGCCAGAGCUGCCCUGACCUGGCCCAAGGCCAGGGCAGCACCACUGACGUCAGUCUCAAGGCCCAAGCCCGCAGCUGCUCGGAGUGGGACUUGCAGACAGGGAGCCACAAUGGUUUCCGGCUUUGGAAGCAGCAGCACAUCUGCUUGGGGGAGACUGAGCCCGUGGGACGCCUCUCAAGGCCAGCUGUGGGCAGCGCCUCUGACCUGGCCAGCUGGGCUUCCCUGCAGCCUGAAAGAGCAGAGCCCAUUGAAGCCCAGCACCCCUCGCACCCAGGACCUACCCUGGAAUCACUGGAACAGGGAACCCCAGGUUGCCACGGACAGCAUCCCCGGCACGCAGCUGCAGAAGUCCCUCUGACGAAGCUAGUCAGUGACCAGCAAGGCGCACCCCUGCUGCCCCGCCCAAUGUCCUUCCCCGGGGCAGUAGGGGCAAAGGGCGAUCCCAGCCCCGCGGGGCCAGCCCCACCAGGGCCAGCCCAGGCCCCAUGCACCCGAACCUCUGCCAGGAGGACCCGCUACCGCAUCACCAUCACCUUGCAGGGGUGUGAGCAGGCACCUGGGGAGGCGGGGGAGGAACCGGCCCAACCAGCUCCCCACCCCUGCGGCUCUGAGGAAUCCAGGGGCUGGCAGGAGCCUUCCCAGGGGCCCCGCCCCAUCACGGGGUGCCCGACCGAUCCGCCCUGGCGGACAGGGGUGAGAGCCGGACCGCAUCAGGGGAACACGGCCCAGCGGCACGAGCUACCGGUCGUCCCAACACUUGAGUCCCCACACAGACGGUGAGUAGGGCUGGUGCCCAUGGGG